AUGCGGGAGGUUGACAUCGCCGCAUGUGUGAUCUACGUCUGGGACUACUGCAUCACCAUGGGCAUGGAGAUCGAGCACGUCUGGCCGGGGAAGUGGACGGCGCUGAAGGUCCUGUACCUCAUACAGAGGUACCUCCCGUUCAUCGAUACGGUGUGGCCAGUUCUUCAUCGAGCUAAGCACCAAUCUGAGCCCCGGGACGUGCCGUUUGCUCACGAAUGCGGGGCGGUCGUGUUUGUUGUGGGGAUGGCGGCAUCUGAACUGGUGCUAACCUUCCGAGCGUGGGCAGUGUGGAAUCGAAACCGGGUGCUCACGGUCGUCCUGCCUAUUAUCUUCAUGGGAAUAUGGGUCCCUCAUGUCUACUUCCUCAUUCAGUCGCUGAGAUCCUUGUCAUUCGCCAACCCUCCGAUACCGCAAUUCGUUGGCUGCUUUGCGAUGGGUAAUUUGACGGCGAAUAACGGCAUUUUGUUGAGCUGGGUUCUGUUAUUGGUCUGGGACACCAUCAUUAUGAUCCUAAUGAUCAUACCUGCUAUUAAAGCAUAUAGAUUUAGAGGUCAUUCUGCACUGUAUGCCACGGUCUAUGGGGAAGGAAUUGUAUAUUACGUCUAUCUUUUCAUUCUGUCCUCGGUUAACAUCAUCCUGCUUCGAUUACAAUCGAUUGAUGUUGGAUAUCGUUUCAUCAUAGUAACGUAUGUCAUUGACCCAACGAUCGACGCCACAGUUUACUGA